CUGCUCGAAUAAUUCCGUGUGACGCUCGGCGAUGACUCGUAUCAACAGUGUUGGCUGAUCUUGAAAAAUGGCGGCUAACACGACAUGGAACGAUCGGCUGGAUGAUUUUCUCAAAUACGCUGCGACUAAUCCGAGUGAAUUCCUCUUUUACGUGUUUCUUGUUCUGACACCACUGAUGGCAAUAUGUGGCUAUUUAUCCCUAAAGCUAGCACAUCAAAUAGAUCAAAAGGAAAAACAGAAGAGCAAAAAAGGCAAAAGACAAUCAAAUGUAGCUAAAACAAAACGAAGAGCAAAAGCAGAUUGAAAACUUCAUCAGCAGUCCCCAUACCAUGAUAAGAAUUUUUAUUCAAGUGCUGACUUGGUACCAUUGACUUUAUUCAAAACAUUUUACUGGAUUUGCUACUAAAACUCAAGGACUUUCAUUUGAAUCUUGAAACAACAACAGACUUUUGAUAUUUUAAUGAAAAAAAGAAGAAAUAUGACCUUUGAAUCAUGAGAGGCAUGAGAUGACUAGGACAAGUUUACUAACUUGUAAGCAACAUUGACGCAUAGGCAAACAUAAUCUCCAGCAAUACCAGCUGUUUAUUCAUACCAUUUGUGACAGACUCAGCAGUAUCCUGUUUACAUGGCCAUCUUAAUUCUGGGCUGAUCUCCGAAAGUUGCCACAAUACAAUGUUAUAUUGCACUUGGUGUGAUAUAGCCCUGUAGGGUCCCAUUCAGAGAUUGUGACAUUUUUUUCAUGUUCAAUAAAAUGGUUAGCACCACUCCA